ACUAAUAUGUGUUCUAAUGACAAUGACAUAUAUUUUUGAAUCAUUUAUAGUGUGUACAACUAUAUAUUUGAUUCACUUCCAUUUUUAGUAUACGAGUAAUCGAUUUAUGUUAUUUUAUGGUAUCAAUUACAUAAACUAAAUAUCACAAGUUCGUUGUUAUAUUAGUUGAUAAAAUUCCAUCAUCUUGUUGCAAAAAUAAUAAAAAAAUAAAAUAAAAAUAAACUAUCAAUAUCCCGUGUAUUAUCAAAGGCACAUUAGGAAUCUGUUAUUUUCAGCUUAAUUUCAGUUCAAUUCACUUCAGUUAAGUUCAAUUCGAUUAUGUUCAGUUUCUAAUUUCCUUUUGUAAAAUAAUAAUUCAAUUAAAUUCAACUUAGUUCAGUAAAUAGGAACAAACCUUCGAUAAUCUCAUUUCGACUUUUAGAAACCGGGGCGGAUAUCACUAAUACGGACCAUCCACCAAAAAGCCCCGUUACAUUGGAGAAUCAAAUAGAAUAAAGUAAAAAAGCAACGGUUGAAGAAGAGGCAAGCAAAGCAAUGCCAAUGCAAAGCCUACGUUUAUACCGCCAAACCACCAACUUCCUUCGUCAUCCCUCUUCUUCCGCCAUGGUUGCACCUUCCUCAUUUUCUCUCUCCUCCCCACAUUGCAAUUUCAACCCUAACCCUAAAUUUCACAAACCCCAAAUUAUCAACAUUUCCCAAUCCCUUAAUCUUCUUCGCACUUUCAAAUCUUCCCCAAAUUAUUCCAAUUCCAACCAAUCUCCGAUCGAAACUGACGAAGACCCACCACCGGAACCACCAUUACAGCAACCAGACGAAGGUGGAGGAGGAGAAAACGAUCUUCUGUCUUACCCAUCGAAACGGUCAUUUGGGGUUGCUACUGGAGAGAUUUUUAUUGGGAUUGCUUCUCGUUUGAUUAAUUUUAGUGGGAAAAUUAAGAAUUUGGGGGAGAAUACGACGGUUUUGAUGGAUGAAGAAUCGACGAUCUUGAGGGAAGUUUCCGGUGAGAAGUCGGAAAGUGGAGAGAGAAUUGCGAAGGUGAUUGAGGAUUCAUUGGAGCCUGAGGUUGUUUGGGAACAAAGAGAGAAGGAUGUUGAAGAGGAAAAGCGAUUGAAAUUGGUGACUAGUCCUGGGUUUAGCUUCUCUGCUGCUGGGCUUUUGUUUCCCUAUCAUCUUGGAGUUGCUCAAUUUCUUAUUGAAAAGGGUUAUAUCAAGGAAACAACUCCUUUAGCUGGUUCGUCAGCUGGUGCGAUUGUUUGUGCAGUGAUUGCCUCUGGAAGCAGCAUGCAGGAUGCUUUACUGGCUACCAAAAUUUUGGCUGAAGAUUGCCGGACAAAUGGAACAGCAUUUCGACUUGGGGCUGUUCUUAGAGAUGUAUUACAAAAGGUUCUUCCAGAAGAUGCUUUUACCAGAUGCAAUGGGCGAGUGCGAGUGGCUAUAACACAAAUUGUAUGGAGACCAAGGGGGCUGCUGAUAGAUCAGUUUGACUCCAAUGAAGAUCUCAUCAAUGCAUUGUUCACCUCUUCCUUUAUUCCUGGCUAUCUUGCUCCAAGACCAGCAACUAUGUUUAGGAACCGGCUUUGCAUAGAUGGAGGUUUGACACUAUUCAUGCCACCAACAUCUGCACCUCAGACGGUUCGUGUUUGUGCCUUCCCUGCUAGUAGUAUACGAAUGAAAGGCAUUGGGAUUAGUCCAGACUUAAACCCCGAGAGUAGGCUUACUAUUCGACAGCUUUUUAAUUGGGCGCUUGAGCCAGCAGAUGAUUAUGUGCUUGACAAGCUCUUUGAGUUUGGAUACUCAGAUGCCGCUGUUUGGGCAGAGGAGAACCCAGUGAAUAUGAUACUUCAGGAAGAGAAACCCUGAGCGUAGUAGUUUUUUUUUUUUUUUUUUUUUUUUUUUUUUUUUUUUUUUUUUUUUUUUUUGACAUCCCACAAUUUUUUAACAUGCUGCAACAUGUAUAUUAAUUGUUGGAGCAUGAUCCUCGAUUUCUUAUGUUUUCACUUGCUUAGUUGAAGAGAAUUAUUAUAACAAUUGUACGCACACAUCAGACUUUUUAAAUGUAUAUAAUAGAAAAUUACAGCCAAUUUUAUUUGAAGUGUUGUAUCAUUACUAGUCUGUUUAGUAGCAUGGUUGCAGUUUAACUACGGGAAAG